AUGCACGCUGCCAGCUUCGACUUGGGCGGCAUCUUGGCGGCGUUUCGUUUGUCGCAGAGAGAUGCCGCGUAUCGCUCAAAGCGUGAGAUGAGCGACAAUCGGGGCGGGGAAGCGGAGCGAUUUCGGCGUCGGCCGAGUGGUCGAAGCUUGAAAGUGAUAUGGUCGAAAGAUUGUUUAUUAAAUCAAUUCUGCCAUCAUCCUCGCUCAAGACAAGCCAGCACAACUACGUCAAAUCGUCACGCCGACUUGAGAAGACUGCUACGGCUUAGUCAAAGAUUCCAAGUGUCAUUAUUGCUUGCCUCUGCUGGUGGCGACGGUAGCGAUGAGCAUGUUGAUGUCUUUCGCGACAUCAUUCGCGAGCUUGCUGAGGAGCCAGAGCACGCCUCCUGGGACCUGAAGGUGCUUGCAAUCUACUCUGCCAUUUCCAAGGCGCUGGUUCGGGAAAGACUCGAUGCAGGGUUAAUAUCGGGGUGUGGGCCUGCUGUCCCGGAGCUCACACACGAGAUCAUCACGGAAACACCACGGAUAGUCGCGCAGAUGGGCCCGGAGCCAUGCCUUGAAGCAAUGUUGAAGGUCGCUGCGAAGACUUCCAGACCGACUCAACUCGCUACGAAAGCACCACAGACUCUCAUCGACCUUGCCAAAGUAGUGCGCUCAAAGAACGCUGGACCGCACGAGCUCACAUUGGAUGUGAUGUUCGAUGACAUGGCCACAUAUCAGAAAGUCAAACAGUCCGGGCUUUUAAGCCCAAAAGUCAUGUCUGAAAUCUUCAAGAUUCCUGAAGAAGACAUAAUUUGUCACCAUUCCAAGAUUAAGGGACGGUAUGAAGUGCUGCUCGGGAGGAUUUAUGGAGAAUGA